AUGGCAGAACCUAGCUACUGCCUCUUGAGGGGGUUAGCGAUGUCUGCCCAUAGGUUAAUUUCCAACCGAACAUCUCAGCAAGCUUUAUCUAACUCUGAUUACACUUGGGAGUAUGAGUACUAUGAGUAUGGACCAGUUUCCUUUGAAGGACUGAAAGCUCAUAAAUAUUCCAUUGUGAUUGGAUUUUGGGUCGGUCUGGCAGUUUUUGUCAUUUUCAUGUUCUUUGUGCUGACCUUGCUGACAAAGACAGGAGCACCGCACCAAGACAAUACAGAACCUUCUGAAAAAAGAUUUCACGUGAGUAGCUUUGUGGCAGACUUUGGAAAACCUCUGGAGUCAGACAAGGUAUUUUCGCGUCAAGUAGCUGAAGAGUCCAGGUCACUCUUUCACUUUUACAUUAAUGAAGUGGAGCAUUUGGACAAAGCAAAACAAAGCCAUAAAGCCCCAGGUCUGGACAGUAAUAUUCACUUCCAGGAAGUAGCUAGGAGUAGUGGAAGGCUGGAGGAGGAGCUGAAUUGCCUUACAAAAUUUAACAUCCCCAACUUCGUGAACACUGACCAGAAUUCUUCACUGGGUGAAGAUGAUUUGCUGAUUUCAGAGCCACCAAUCAUUUUAGAAAGCAAACCAGUUAUCCAAGCCUCACGUCAGAUCCUUGACUGA